AGAGCAGCUUUGUACUGUCGUAAUAUCAGCUAUGUGAAUCAUCUGUGAAGUAGCAAGAAGCGGUGUGUAGUCUCCGUUUUUCAGAACUCCUAAAACAUGGGAAGUUAGUUGGAUGACUAAUUUCAGUCAAGGUGCUUUCGUCCAACAUCUCGAAUGGUGUUUGUCACGAAUGUAUUUAAACUGGUCUUCAGUGAGUCUCGGGUGGUGAGAGAUGGACUUCUGUACGAAUAUCCUGGUCACCGGAGGGUCGGGGUUCAUUGGGUCCCAUUUCGUCUGUUCCUUGGUCAACAGACAUCCAGACUGGCGCGUUAUCAAUUUGGACAAUAUGGACUACUGUGCGAGUGCACGCAGCCUGGAACGCUUUGAAGAGAGAGACAACUACACGUUCAUCAAGGGGGACAUUUGCAAUCCACGCUUGGUAAACCAUAUUUUCGCCACAGAAAACAUAGAUAUUGUUUUUCAUCUGGCCGCCAAAACACACGUUGAGUCUUCCUUCGUCUGUCCAUCAACCUACCAGAGGGUGAACGUGGAAGGGACGCGCGUGCUACUGAAGGGAGCGUUCGACGCCAAGGUGGCCAAGUUUGUUUACAUCAGCACAGACGAGGUUUACGGACAGAGCCUGGAUAAGGCGUUUGAGGAGACCAGCCCAAGACGACCCUCCAACCCGUACUCCAACACCAAAGCAGCCGCAGAGUGUCUGGUGUUGUCCUACUGGGAAAAGUACAGGUUUCCUGUGAUCGUGACAAGGAGCAACAACGUCUAUGGACCCAGACAGUUCACUGAAAAGGUCAUUCCAAGAUUCGUCUCUCUUCUGCAAAACGACAAGAAGUGUACCAUACAAGGCACAAGGCCCCAGUCUCGCCACUUCCUGUUUGUGGAGGAUGUUGUUGAGGCCCUUUUCACCAUUCUGGAGAAAGGGAUUGUGGGAGAAAUCUACAACAUUGGGGCCGACUUUGAGAUCUCCAUCAUCCAGCUGGCCAGAGAGCUAACCAAGAUGGUCAGGAACGUGCCGGACUCGGACCUGGGUGAUUGGUUAGAGUUUGUUGCCGAGCGGCCCCAGGUUGACCUCAGGUACCCCAUCAACUCGGACAAGCUCAGGCAUCUGGGCUGGGCGCCGGCCGUCUCCUGGGCAGAGGGCAUCAGGACGACAGUGAAAUGGUACCAAGAGAAUCCAGACUUCUGGGAGGAGUUUACAGAACAGCCAAUCAGCUGUGAGCCUCACACUCAGGACCAAUAGACACACUGGAGAUGAAGGAACAUCUUAUGGUUGAAAAGACACAAAUGUUUUGUAUGAUAAUGACCAAGAUGGAUUGUACAACUUUUAAAAAAUUAAAUAAAAAAUAUUUA